AUGUCUUUGGAUCUCAGAUCAAAGCAGAGGAGGAAUAGAUCCAAGAGCCAGGCUUUGCCAGUAGCAGGGUUCAAGAUGGUAGCUGAUAGCAGGUACAGAGGCAAGAAUCCUGCCCUCAGAAUGUUUCCAGGGGUUCUGAGUUCUGGCCAGGGGAUCAAUAUGGCUGCCGGCCCUCAGUUUGCUUUCUGGGCUGCAGUACGUCAGUGUCUGCAAAAUAUGUGGGCCCGGAGGCACUUGGGCCUGUUUCUGUUUAUACUCUGGAUGCUGGUGAUCCUGUGCUAUUUUGUGAAUACUGAUUCUGUGUCUUCAAGUGAGAAAUUGCCACAGAACAAUGGAACUCUAAAAGUUCGAUCCAACUGGGAAAUUCUGUUGAAAUUUUUCUUUCCAACAACAUGCAUUAUAAGGGAGAAUCAGGAGGUAGUGGCUUGUAAUAAGCAAUCAUAUCUCAGCAAGACUGAAUGUUUAAAAUCCAAGUGUUGUUUUUCAUCAUCUGGGACCAAAAUGAGGUGCUAUGCCCCACUAAGAGAUAAACCUACACAAAUGCUCCGGGUGUUUGGGUUCUCUGCGAUCAGCAUGAUAAUCCUGGGAUUUCUUCCUAUGUAUUGCUGUUCUCUUUGCGGGAGAAGGUAG